UCAUCCCCAUCCAAACUUGAGGCUGCGGCUAAAGUUAGACCGGCCGGCGGAGGGGUAUAUAAGCCCCCGGGAAUAUACGUUUAACGCGGCUUCACACUGUCUUCUUCUUUCCUGAUCAUCCCAACCUCUGCUCCACCGUCUCAAGAUGGCACCAAAGAAGGCCAAGAGGAGGGCAGCAGCAGGAGACGGCGGCUCCUCCAACGUGUUCUCCAUGUUUGAGCAGAGCCAGAUUCAGGAGUACAAGGAGGCUUUCACAAUCAUCGACCAGAACAGAGACGGAAUCAUCAGCAAAGACGACCUGAGGGACGUGCUGGCCUCAAUGGGCCAGCUGAACGUGAAGAAUGAGGAGCUGGAGGCCAUGAUCAAGGAGGCCAGCGGACCCAUCAACUUCACCGUCUUCCUCACCAUGUUCGGCGAGAAGCUGAAGGGCGCUGAUCCCGAGGACGUUAUUCUUAGCGCCUUCAAGGUCCUGGACCCCGAGGGUACCGGAACCAUCAAGAAGGAGUUCCUCGAGGAGCUCCUGACCACUCAGUGCGACAGGUUCUCCAAGGAGGAGAUUAAGAACAUGUGGGCCGCCUUCCCCCCAGAUGUUGCCGGAAACGUAGACUACAAGAACAUCUGCUACGUCAUCACACACGGAGAGGAGAAGGAGGAGUAAAGAGCGAGCAAGACGACGAGAAAAGACAGCAUCCCUUUACUGGUCCAGCCUCCCCGCCCUUCCUCCUCCUCCUCCUCCUCCUCCUCCUCGCUCCCCCCGCCGCCCCGGCCUCUCCCCAUCCAACCAGAGACUCACCACGCCGGCGCGGCGGCUGUCUGAAUGUGCUUAUGGGGAACGGGGGGGGGGGUUUCCAAUAAAAGUCAUCCUGUAACAUCACUUCCAGCCACAAGCUUCUCUCAAACGCCCUCUUUUUGUUCUUACCUGGCAACCGCCGCCCUCGCUCCGCCGUCCGGGGUCAGAAGGUCAGCAGGCAGCAGGAGCUUCAUUCCCCAUCGUGAAGAAGUCCUCUGAGGCAGGCCAGGUGGGAGGAGGGGGGCGACUUGCAGGUCAGAUGGGAGAAAGUUGCCUCCUUAAAGCGAGGACGACUCUUUCCUUAAAAGAGAUUAAAAAAAAAAAAAAGACAAAAAAAAAAUCAAGCCUGAAGGAGAGGAGAGAAAGGGCCGAAAGAAAACAUUCAAGUCUUCGAUUUCUUUUUCUUCUGUC